UGGACCAUAUUUGAGACGGCCCACGGGCCUUAAGCGGCACGGCACUCACGAGUCACGAGUCACGACUCAAAGUAAGAAGGAAGAAGAGAAACGGAAGGAAAACUGGAAACGGGGGAAGAAGAAGAAGAGUCGCGGAGCUCAUCGUCGCCGUCGAUGCUUCCGUUCGAGGAGCAGGUGGCGGCGGACCUGCUGGAGGAUCCUAACGGAGGGCUGGUGGUGCUCUCCUCUGGCCUCCCGCUUGCAUCACUCGUCGCCACCCUCCUCCUCCAUCUCCACCACCAAUCGUCGUCCGACUCCUCCGGUGUUGGCGGCGGCGGUUGCUUCCUCAUCCUCUCCGCCACCGACACCCUCAAGUCCCAAAUCCGCCGCAUCCUUGUCCAAUCUCAGCUGCUCCAGGUCCACGACGUGCCCCCCGACCUCCCCGCCAACCACCGCCGCGCCCUCUACUCCUCCGAAAAGGGAGAUGGUGUCGCCCUCUUCCUCUCUCCUCGCGUCCUCGCCGCCGACCUCCUCACCUCCCACCUCCUCCCUUCCCGCGUCCAGGCCCUUCUCCUCCUAUCCGCCCACCGAUCCUCCGACACCUCCUCUGAUGCCUUCAUCGCCCGCCUCCUGCGCCAGCAUCGCCUCCUACCCGUCUACGCCUUCUCCGACCGCCCUCACGCCAUGGUCGCAGGCUUCGCCAAGGCCGAACGCACCAUGAAGAGCCUCUACAUCCGACGCCUCCACCUAUGGCCCCGCUUCCACGUCCUCGCCGCAGCAGACCUCGAGCGCUCCCCGCCCGAGGUCAUUGACAUCCGCGUCCCCAUGACCCACCCCAUGAUGGGCAUCCAGGCCUCUAUCCUUGAAGCCAUGGACGCCUGCCUCAAGGAGCUCAGGCGGACCUACAAGGUCGAUGUCGAGGACCUCACCGUCGACAAGGGCCUCUUCAAGUCCUUUGACGAAAUCGUCAGGAGGCAGCUCGACCCCAUCUGGCACACGCUCGGCAAGAAGACCAAGCAGCUCGUGGCCGACCUCAGGACGCUCCGCAAGCUGCUCGAUUACCUGCUCAGGUAUGACGCUGUCACAUACUUGAAGUACCUGGACACCCUGAGAGUAUCUGAAGGUGUUCGAUCAGUUUGGAUAUUGGCCGAUUCAAGCCACAAGAUAUUUGAACUUGCAAAAAGGCGUGUUUACCAGGUCGUGAGACCUGAUGGUACAAAGGUUAGUACGAGUAACAAGGGCACGCCAACAAAGAAGAGGAAGGCGACUCACAGUAGUAGCAAGAAAGGAAAAGAAACUGAAAAUGAGGAUUCUGCUCCUAACAAGGAUGAUGCUCAGAAUGUAAAUGCAGAGGUGUCCAUUCUACUGGAGGAGGUUUUGGAGGAAGCACCAAAAUGGAAAGUGUUACGGGCAUUGCUGCAAGAGAUAGCGGAAGAACAGAGAAAGGGAGAUGGUGCUGUGCCUGAGGUUGAAAGUAAUGAAAGUGGCAUAGUCUUACUAGCAUGCAAAGAUGAGCGCUCAUGCUUGCAGCUGCAGGAUUGCAUAUCAAAAAGCCCCCAUAAGGUCAUGCGAGAAGAGUGGGAGAAGUACUUGCUUGGAAAAGCUGAGCUGCAUGGAUUACAUAAGAAGAGGAAGAGGCAGUCUCAGCAACCAAAAGGGUUUGGUGUCCUGGAUGGUGAAUUUCCUAUAGGGUCUAGUGAGAGUGCAGGGCCAGUAAGCAUUGGCAAUCUUGAGACUAAUGCUUUACUUGCCGCUGCCUCUGGUAUAAAAAAAUUAACUAAAGAAGCAGAUACCAAGGAUGAUUCGAUUCCCAGCUGCAGCAAGAGAGGUUCUGUAAAGGGGAAAGGAAAGGGUGUAUCAAAGAAAAUCAUGACAAAGAGACAAGCCAGUAAUAGAAAAAAUAAAAGUACCACAGAAAAUGAUAAUUGUCAAGGUGCUGAUGUGGAAGCAACAGGCAAAACAGAUAAACAGUCCGAGAUCAAUGUCUCUAAGGUGUCUGCCGAAGAUGCUUCUGACCCAGUCUCCGCUGCUGGCAAUGCUGAAGGCUUGAUUGACGGCAAAGUGCUACCUCCAGUGCAAUUUUAUGCCCUAGACAGUGACCAGCAUGUACUUGAUGUAUGGAAACCAUCUGUAAUUAUUGUCUAUCAUCCAGAUAUAACUUUUGUCAGAGAAAUUGAGGUAUACAAGGCAGAAAACCCAUCGAGGAAGUUGAGAGUUUACUUUCUUUUUUAUGAAGAAUCUUCUGAGGUGCAAAAGUUUGAGUCCAGCAUUCGCCGGGAAAACGAAGCAUUUGAAUCUCUGAUCAGACAGAAGUCCCUGAUGAUGAUACCUGUUGAUCAGAGUGGCCGUUGCAUUGGACCAACUCUUGCAAAUGAACCAGAACCUGUUCUAUCACAGAAUGCAGUGACAAGAAAGGCAGGUGGUAGAAAGCUACCAGAGAAGGAUAUGCAGGUUAUUGUAGACAUGCGGGAGUUCAUGAGCAGUCUUCCCAAUGUCCUACACCAGAAGGGUAUUCGAAUAAUACCCGUGACACUAGAAGUUGGUGACUAUGUUCUUUCUCCCUUGAUAUGUGUUGAAAGAAAAAGUAUCACAGACUUGUUCCAAAGCUUUGCUUCUGGUCGUCUCUACAAUCAGGUUGAGACCAUGGUUAGGUAUUACAAGAUACCAAUGCUCUUGAUAGAGUUCUCACAAGAUAAGAGCUUCUCCUUUCAGUCUGCAAGUGAAGUAGGGGAUGAUGUGUCUCAGACAAACAUAAUCUCAAAGCUCUCGUUGUUAGUCCUGCAUUUUCCUCGGCUUCGCAUAGUGUGGUCUCGCAGCUUGCAUGCGACAGCAGAUAUAUUUAUGUCCCUGAAAACAAACCAGGAUGAACCUGACGAGAACAAGGCAAUGCGAGUGGGUGUGCCGUCUGAAGACGGGAUUGUGGAAGACGACGUGAGGGCUGAGAAUUACAACACAUCUGCGAUUGAGUUCUUGAGGAGGCUUCCUGGCGUGACGGACUCCAACUACAGAGCAAUAACGGAUGGAUGCAAUAGCUUGGCGGAGCUGGCCCUGCUACCGGUAGAAAGGUUAGCAGAGUUAAUGGGCAGCCAGAAAGGAGCACGCACGCUCAAGGAAUUUCUCGAUGCCAAGUGUCCAAGUAUGCUCUCCUAGGUACGGUUAGUAUGUAUUUGGCAGGAGAAUCGAUCUCACAUUGUGUAACCUGGACUGGUAAUGGCCAGACUGUAAUAUCAUCCAAUUCCAGUGAUAAAUAUAAAGAUGUUGUUAGAACAAAUUUGUCAAUCAAUGCAACAUGUUCGGAUUUUUUUUUUA